AUGGGGGAUGCUGCAGACGUCAAGGAAAUGAAGAAGACGUUCAUUGUCCCGGCCAUCAAACCGUUUGAUCAUUACGAUUUCGCCCGAGCAAAGAUCGCCUGUAAUCUAGCGUGGCUGGUGGCCAAAGCCUUUGGGACAGAAAAUAUACCAGAUGAGCUUCGAGAACCCUUUUAUACGGAUCAGUAUGAUCAGGAACAUAUUAAACCUCCUGUUGUUAACUUGCUGCUGUCUGCAGAACUUUACUGUCGUGCGGGGAGUCUCAUCCUGAAGAGUGAUGCUGCCAAGCCACUCCUCGGUCAUGAUGCUGUUAUCCAAGCUUUGGCACAAAAAGGCCUCUAUGUUACUGACCAGGAGAAACUGGUAACAGAGAGAGACUUGCACAAGAAACCUAUUCAGAUGAGUGCUCAUUUGGCUAUGAUUGACACCUUAAUGAUGGCAUAUACUGUAGAAAUGAUCAGUGUGGAAAAAGUUAUUGCAUGUGUACAGCAGUAUUCCUCCUUCUUCCAAGCUACAGAACUGCCCUAUGACAUAGAAGAUGCGAUCAUGUUCUGGAUAAAUAAGGCAAAUGAACAUUUAAAAGAUAUAAUGGAACAGGAGCAGAAGCUGAAAGAGCAACAUGGUAUAGAAACUCCAGGAGGUCAAAAGUCUCCUUCCAAAUGGUUUUGGAAACUGGUUCCUGCUCGGUACCGGAAGGAACAGACUCUGCUUAAGCAGCUGCCCUGUGUUCCCUUGGUAGAAAACCUGCUGAAAGAUGGUAGAGAUGGAUGCGCUUUAGCUGCCCUGAUCCAUUUUUACUGCCCAGAGAUAGUUAGAUUAGAGGAUAUCUGUUUGAAGGAAACCAUGUCACUGGCUGACAGUUUGUACAAUCUGCAAUUGAUCCAGGAAUUUUGUCAGGAGUACUUAAACCAAUGCUGCCAUUUUGCACUGGAAGAUAUGCUGUAUGCUGCUACUUCAGUAAAGAGUAAUUAUUUGGUAUUCAUGGCAGAGCUGUUCUGGUGGUUUGAAGUCGUGAAGCCAUCAUUUGUUCAGCCUCGAGUUGCAGGUCAUCCUCAAGCUGAACCUCCAAAAGAAGCAUCUUCUGUUCCUCCUACAAAUGCCAAUCAAAGAAGCUACCCAGGUGUUUUGCAUGGUUCUGAUCUGAUAACCAGUGUGGGGGCUUCAACCUAUAUACCAUCUCAUCAGAUUCCUCCUGCAGGGCACACUCUGCAACAGCCUUAUGCAUCUGUUCCAGGCAGCAUUAAAAGAUCAACAUCUCUGUCCUACAUGGAUGGAUAUGUGGGGACAUGGCCCAAAGAAAAAAGGUCUUCAGUACAUGGGGUUUCAUUUGACAUUCCUUUUGAUAAAGAAGACAGCAUCCAUAUGACACCUCCAAAUAGAGGAAUUAUGAGAUCUCUUAGCAAUGAAGGUCUUGUACAGAAUAUUAACCAUAUGCCUAGACAUGUUAAAAAGAAUCUAUCUUUCAAGCCUCUGAAUGAUGAAGAGGAUAAUGAUGAUAUUGAAGAAGAAAAGGAUAUAGAAUUUUGCAGUGAUCUAGAAGCAGACAGCAAUCAAAGAAACGCCAACCAAGUUAACACAUACACCCUACCAAAUGGAGCAUUGCAAAACAGGUUGGUUACUGAUGAAUUUGGCAAUCAAAUUGAGACACCAAGCAUUGAGCAGGCUUUGCAGAUUAUCCAUGAUAGUGAGAAAUCUGCCAACAUUACUCAACCAGCACAAUUUACAAAUGGGUUUUUCCUUCACAACAAAGAGAUGAGCAUCCUAAAUUCAAACAUAAAACCUAACCAAAGCAGCCCUGAUAUUAUUGCAGAUACAAAAGGUGCCCUCAGUCCUGUUACUGAUAACACAGAAGUAGAUACUGGAAUACAUGUCCCUUCAGACAUUCCAGAGACUAUGGAUGAAGAUUCUACUUUAAGGGAUUAUACAGUAAGUCUGGAUUCUGAUCUGGAAGAAUCAUCUCGGUUUCUGCAUGAAUAUGAGAGCAGAGGCGUCAACCAUAAGGAGCAAUUGAGUCCUUGUCCAAGCUCAAUAAGUGCCAAAUCUCAAGCUGGCAGUAGUCCAUCUUCAAGUUCAGGAGUUAGAAUGACCAGCUUUGCAGAGCAGAAGUUUAAAAAGAUGAAUCAUACUGACAGCAGAAGCAGUGGAAGCAGUUCUCAGAAAACCACCCCAGAAGGCUCUGAGCUGAACAUUCCACACAUUGUUUCUUGGGCUCAAAUACCGGAGGAAUCCCCUCUCCCUCAGGGAAGGGACACAACACAGUUGCUGGCCUCUGAAAUGGUGCAGCUGAAGAUGAAACUGGAAGAGAAGAGGCGAGCAAUUGAAGCCCAAAAGAAGAAGGUUGAGGCUGCAUUCACAAAACAGAGGCAAAAAAUGGGAAGAACAGCAUUCCUUAAUGUUGUGAAAAAGAAAAGUGAUGGGAUUUCACCACUUCGAGAAGAAGCAGCUGGAGCAGAGGGUGAGAAAGUGUUCACUGACAACAACAGAGUGAAAGAAAAAGAAAGCCAGAAGUCAGGUGAACAACUAAAUAAGACUUCUGAGGUCCUAAAAGCAGCCACUGAAUCUCCCUCAACUAUGUGGCUGAAGUCACCAAACACCCCAGUUGAUGUUGAGAAGCAAUCUAAUUUGAUAAGCCCCUCAGAAGAGAAUUUAAAUGAAGGUGACCUUUUAGAAUAUACAAAAUCUAUUGAGAAGCUCAAUUCUUCUCUACAUUUCCUGCAACAGGAAAUGCAACGCCUGUCACUUCAGCAAGAGAUGCUAAUGCAGAUGAGGGAGCAGCAAGCUUGGGUUAUUUCACCUCCUCAACCUUCUCCUCAAAAGCAAAUCCGGGAAUUGAAGCCUUCAAUGAGGCUUAGCGGAUCAUCAUCUCCCAUUGUCUCAUUUUCAGUAGAAACACCUCGGCCUUCCCACCAAUCCCCACAGUCCUCUUCUAGGAAGAAUUCAUCUCUCCCAAGUAAAAUACAAAGGACUCCAAGGCCAAAUGAAUUGAAAAUUACACCUUUGAAUCGCACUUUGACUGCCCCACGAUCUGUGGAUAGCCUUCCACGUUUGAGAAGAUUUUCUCCAAGCCAGGUUCAGACUAGAUCUUUUGUUUGUUUUGGGGAUGAUGGUGAGCAGAACCCUCUGAAUGAGGUAAAAAACACAACUGAAGAGGCUGCUGACAAGGAAGAAGCAGGUGAAAAAGAUGCUGAGAAACAAGAGACUGAAGAGAUAAUUGGGCAAAAAUCAGAAGAACAGAUCAGACCUCUGGAAUCCAUGGUAUCUGAAGUAUUGUCACAGCCCAUUACAGAAAUUGUCUGCCUUACUCCAAAUGAAGAGCCUUUGAAUCCACCAGUGUUGCCACCACCUGCAUCUAAAACUGUUAACCUCAUAGAAGUUUCUCUCACAGAUUUGAAGCCACCAGAGAAGUCAGAAGGGUCAGUUGAGAAAUCAGAGGGUGAGAGUGACAAAGAACAACCAGAGGAUGACCAAAAAGUGUGCUGUGGAUUCUUCUUCAAGGAUGAUCAAAAACCAGAAAAUGACAUGGCUGUGAAACGGGCAGCAUUAUUGGAGAAGCGAUUGAGAAGAGAAAGAGAAACUUUACUUCGAAAGCAGCAAUUGGAAGCAGAGAUGGAGCAUAAGAAAGAAGAAACAAAGAGGAAGUCUGAGGAAGAACGUCAGAAGAAGGAAGAUGAAAGAGCACGACGAGAGUUUAUUAAGCAGGAAUACAUGAGGCGGAAGCAACUGAAACUGAUGGAAGACAUGGACAUUGUCUUAAAACCUCGCCCUCACUUUUCCAAACAAAAGAAGGCACGUCCAAAAUCCAUUCAUAGGGAUCACAUUGAGUCACCUAAAACUCCGGUCAAAGGUCCUCCAGUAUCAAGCCUUUCUCUUGCAUCACUAAACACAGGAGACAAUGACAGUAUGCAAUCAGGCAAGAGGACGCCAAGGUCCGAGUCUGUGGAAGGAUUCUUAUCUCCAAGUUGUUGUGGUAGUCGUAAUGGGGAAAAAGACUGGGAAAAUGCAUCAACUACUUCUUCAGUAGCUUCUGCUACAGAAUAUACAGGACCAAAGCUCUACAAAGAACCCAGUGCAAAAUCCAAUAAGCACAUUAUCCAAAAUGCACUUGCCCAUUGUUGUCUGGCUGGAAAAGUAAAUGAAGGACAGAAGAAAAAAAUACUAGAGGAAAUGGAGAAAUCAGAUGCCAACAACUUCCUAAUCCUCUUCCGGGACUCGGGCUGCCAAUUCCGAUCUUUAUAUACAUACUGCCCUGAAACUGAAGAGAUCAAUAAGCUGAUUGGGAUAGGCCCCAGAUCAAUCACUAAGAGAAUGAUUGAGGGGCUCUAUAAGUACAACUCUGACAGGAAGCAGUUCAGCCACAUACCUGCCAAAACACUCUCCGCAAGCGUUGAUGCAAUUACCAUUCACAGCCAUUUAUGGCAGAGCAAGAGACCAGUAACUCCAAAAAAGCUCUUAUCUUCAAAGACAUAGCUACCUGUGGGAAGAUACCUUGCUUUAGGCAAUUGUGGCAAACUUGCACUUCGUAUUUGCUGUCUAUUAUGAAAUAGACUCUGAUUUGGUAACAAGGCUUCUUUGAAGAACAAGAUCUGUUGUCGUUGCCAACUGGAAUGUAAACACAAUGUUGAAGACUCGCAGAAAACUGACACUUAGGUAUUGUGCAUCAUGAACAAUGGAUUCACACAUGGGGACUUUAGUUGGUGUUUACUCAUGAUACGUGGUGUUCCUUUCCUUAGUUCUGCAGCUCUGAAUGUUUGCACACUUAUAAUGACUGAAGUUUUAAAAGUUUUACAUUUAUUGCCUUAUACUGUUCUGCUUGUUUUGGAAUUUGCUUCUGUUCUUCAUAACAUUACUGGAGUAAUGUGUCUUACUUGCCAUACCAUCAUCAUCAUCAUCAUCAUCAUCAUCAUCUUGUUAAAUGUCCUGCAGAUAACAAAGGGCACAAGCCUGAUUCACAACAAAAUUAAGUUUAGCUUAGCCCCUUUUUAGCUCUGAUUCAUUCUGAAGCACAUCGUACAGGAGAAAAGAUUCUUGUAAGACAUGUGCAGGAUUAAAUGUUGCUAGCAUGUUUUAAACUCUAAUAAGGAAAUGUGGUGUCCAUGACUGUUGUAAAGACAUCAUCCUUAUAUUUAACAAUCCAUCAUGGCCCUGAUCCAGGGGAGCAUGAAAUGAAAACAUAGGCACUGGUUGGCUUUUUUCCCUCCUUGUUUUCUUCUAAACAGGCAUCUUUUCUUCAGUUCUGCCCAAAUUGCAUCCUGUAAUUUUGCACAGACUCUCCCUGCUAUAAGGAAAAAAAAACCCCACAUAAAUAAAACAAUAUUAACCGUAUACAAGCCAACAUAUGUGUGUAAGCUUGCUCCAUAGGUCAGGAACCUUUGCUACCAUUUAAAAUCCAGUAUUAGGUAUGUUUAAAAAUACAUUUCAUGUGGGUCCUCUGGAGGCAGUAGAAAGAAAAAGAAGAUAUUCUAGUAUAUCUCCAAGAUGUUGCCCAAUAUAUGGACCAAAGUUAAUUUUCUUCCAAGAUGGAAAUAUACAGAGUUAAUUUUAUUUGAGUAAAUAAAUGUAUUGGUUAGAUUUUAUGUCAUCUUAAGUCUAACUGAAAGCGACUGGGGCAAUCUACAUUUUCGUGUAAAAUUAUCACUAGGACAUCUUUGCAGUAUUUAUGAAGGGCUGCGUAUCUGAUUACUUUAGAAAAGUAAUUCCUGUUUGGAGGUUUGAUAACAGACAGGUGGCAACAUUUGAACUUGAAAUCUGCCCUUAUUUUUCUUACUGCUUUUUCACAUUCAUACACCAGACAACUUAGUUGUGGGGUGGGACGGGAACUAGGUGGAACCAUAUUCUCAGGAAAAGACUUGAAUUACUGCUCUGGUUCUGUUUCAGUAUUGUAAAAAGUGUUGAAACUUAAAGACAGUAUUGAACUAUCUGUCUUAUGCUUGAACUUUAUAAUAUGUCCUGCAGAGGAAAAUGUAAACGUUCUGUACACUUUUCCCAUUGAAAAGCUUGAUUCAGACUAGUAUUUCACUACAGUUUGCUUUUGUUCUUUAUAUAGAUGAUGUACAGGAAUGAAAAAUCCUAAAUUUAGAAAACACUUUUUUUAAAUUAUUAAACAGCCCUAAGCAUCAAUGUUUCUGGGUUGUUUAUCAAAUUUUUUCAAAGAUACAGUCAAUAUUUUACUGUAAUUUAUGUUAUUAUAUUUAUGUAUAUUUGUUAAAAUGAAAAAAAAUCCUAAAUCUAUUUGUGGUUAGUUCAUUCCUACUGUUUGCAUGUAAGGACUGGGAUAUCUAACCCAUCUUUUAUCCAAAUGUAAACAUAUUGUAUAUAUAUAUAGUACACACACACACACACACACAUAUAUAUAUGUAUAAAAUAGGAGAUUGUUCUAUGCAUUCUGCUUUUUAAGCUUAUCUUCCAACUAAUGGCAGAAGGAAAUUUUAUUGCAAACCCAAAUAAAUGUAUGCCUAAUUUAAACGUAGUUCAAGUCCAUCUAUGGUUGGGAGAGAAAAGUUAGGACAUAAUUGAGGUUGGUAAAAGAGGAAAUUGUGUGCAAGAGCUUUUAAUCUAAAGUAUUCUUGCUAAAGAAAAAAAAUUAUUUAAAAAUAUACACUACACUGAUUCUUGCACACCUAUCUAAAAAGGAUAAUUUCUAAAAUGUAACAGCAGGGAGGGUUAUUUUAAAUUAUUGAAUGUAUUAUGAAUUUUGUCUACAUUUCAGAAAAAGAUUCAGUGCAAUGUCUAAAGGUAGAAUGUGAAUAUUACAAAUAAAAGUUAAGACCCCGAAGAUUAAAAUUUUACUAUAUGUUAGGAAAGUAAUGACACAUUUUUUUUGUUUUUUGUUUUAGUUUUUGAGCUUGCAAAUUUUCUAACAGUUUCCCUUCAUUUGAUAUCCUGUCUGGGAAAAGAAAAGUCUUUUGUGAAGAAGCCCAGUGUUUGUCAGUGAUAAUAUCAAGUGCACUGGUUCUUUAUAAGAAAGGUAUCGUUAUUGUUUAUAUGACAGAAUUUGCCAAACUUCCUAAUUUUCAGGUCAGGUAUUUGAAGUCUGACAGUCAUGAUGGCUACUGAAACUAUAUGGGGGUGGGGAAAAUGACUGUUGGUGUAUGUUUUUAAUUCUUUGGCUGUUUAAAGCCAAUUUCUGUUUAUUUAUAAUUUAAUGGGCACCGUCCGUUGAGAACUGUACAGUGGUUGUAUGCUUCCUUGUCCACAUUGCUACUCUAUUUUCCCUUUCAGACGCUGUGCUGUAAAAUACUGUCGUAUAGCUGCUUACCUAGUACAAUGUAGUUCCUCUCUUUCAUCUAAAUAAAAAGCAUGGCACCAAAA